AUGAAAAGGUUUUUUUUUUUUUGCCUUUUUCAUUCUUUUCUUUCUGUUUUCUUCUUUUUCUUCCUUUAUUCUUUCUUAUUUCUCAUUCUCUUUUCUUAUGUCUUCUUUACCUUUCUUUUCGCUUUCUUCUUUUCUUUUUAUACUUUUCUUUCCCGUCUUUUUUUCUUUUCUUUCUUUCUUUCUUUCUUUCUUUCUGUGUUUCUCUUAAUUAUUUUCAAUGAUUUUCCUAAUGAUUUCAUUAUUUCCUCUUUUUCAGAAUCCCUUUCUUUCUUUCUUUCUUUCUUUCUUUCUUUCUUUCUUUCUUCAGUCCAACCACGUUGUAUUCGAACAUUCUUCAACUUAUCAUUGCCCUGUUUCCUGGUUUCUUUCUCAGCGUCUCCGCUUGGGUACACUCAUCAACCAUGGAAUCCUGCGCCAUUAAAAUCUAUUCAACGUCGGGUCCGAAAAGAAUACAGAAUGUUGACGGACAGGGAAAGAUCAGAUUUUCACAGAGCCAUUAAUUUACUCAAACAAGACAAGAGUGUCCUGCCAAACAAAUAUGAUGCCAUUGCAUCUCUUCAUGCGGGUUGGACUGCAGAAAAUGCUCAUGAAGGUCCCUCUUUUCUUGUGUGGCAUCGGCUUUACGCUUUAAUAAUUUUAUUUGGCAAUCCCAAUGAUUCCUUUCUUCCUCUCUUUUUUCUUUCUUUCUUUUUAUGUGACAUAAUUGUAUUUGACAAUCCUAUUUAUUUAUUUCUUUUUCGAUUCCUUUGCCCAUUUAGGAUGGAGGAAGCUCUCCGCGAAAAGGUACCAACGGUCACCAUUCCAUACUGGGAUCCAACUUUAGACAGUAGUUUAGAAAACACUCGGGAUUCUAUCAUCUGGGCUGAUAACUUUCUGGGUACAAGUAACGGGGUUGUCAAAUCAGGUCCGUUCGCGAAAUGGAAUACUCCUGCUGGACCCCUGAUUCGAAACGUGGCCUUCAUUGAAAACUUACCUACUCAGGAAAGUAUUAGUAAUGUCCUGAGUCGUGAGCGCCUGCAACAAAUCAGUGAACCCAACGCAAACGAACGCUAUAACUUCGAGUUCCAACAUAAUAAUAUGCAUGACUUUAUUGGGGGUCAAGUUGGCUUUAUCGAGACAGCACCAAUGGAUCCGGCUUUCUGGUUGAUCCACAGUUACGUUGAUUUGAUUUGGACGCGUUUCAAUGAACGCCAACGAAAACUAGGGAUCGAUCCACGCACUGAUUAUCCCAGCAAAUACGGUGCGGAUAUAUACGCCCCCAAUAAAAGCAUCGGGAUCAAAAACAUCACCGUAAUGCAAGCUUUAGAAGAAGCCAUGACCUACACUUCAAUUUAUAAAUAUGACUACGAGUCCCUUGAGGGAGACUGUUCGCACAAACCCCAUAAAUGCAACUCACCUUAUUUAAGAUGUGUGAACAAAAAAUGUCAGACUGUGACCCGAAAAUCGACCGGGUGUGGUUCACUAAUACCUUACCAGAACCAGUUCUGUAUUGACGGUGUGUGUGAUCUCAAUGAAUGGGCUUUCCUCCCGGUGGAGAUCAUCCAUGAACGUACCUUUGAUUCAUCAAAUUUUGGCAACUUUCCGGUCAUCGGGGGUCACGCGAGUCUGCUGGGUGACAUUUACCGAAUCAACCUCCCAACAGUGACUGCGGCGAAAAACGUCACUGAACGAGGAUGCAAGUCUAAGAAUUGCUGCGGCCCAGCCGGACGAAUCAGCGUCCAAGCAAGUGUGGUCGGAUAUGCCGACCGGUUUGUAUUAUACCGGGUACAAACCCACCACAAUACAGGAACUGCACUGGGUGGAUAA